AUGUCUCUCUCCCUCUCUCUCCCCUCUCUGUGUCUCUCUUGUAGCCAAAGUAGCUCGCUGAACCAAUCCACCGCAGUGCCUGGGACAGAUUGAGUGAAAGAGAGAGUGAGGGAUUUAGAGGAUGGGUAAGGGGGCUUAAGGGAAACACACACACAGCAUAGAGAGAGAGAGAGAGCGCGCGAGAGGGAGAGAGAGCGAGAGGAAGGGAGACCAAAAAAAAAAAAAAAAAAAAACCCACCGAGCCUCCCCGCUGUGAGGUUUCUUGGCUACUGACGUGUGCGCACGACUCUCGUGGCAGGAUGAGUUCAUGCAGCAGCCGUGCGUUGACCAUCCUGUCCACAGUGUUUGGAGCCUGCGGGCUGCUGCUGGUGGGGGUGGCCGUGUCCACAGACUACUGGCUGAUCAUGGUGGAGGGCAUCAUCCUGCAGCAGAACCAGAGCAUGGAGGUGAAGAUGGCGCUGCACUCGGGCCUGUGGAGAGUUUGCUUCGUGGCUGGAUCAGAAAACGGGCGAUGCGUUGCGUCGGAGUACUUCAGCGAGCCCGAAGUAGAGAUCACCACUGAAAACACUGCAAACAUCCUCAAGAUGGUGCGGACAGCCACGCCCUUCCCGAUGGUGUCGCUGCUCUUCGUCUUCACGGCCUUCGUCAUCAGUAACAUCGGACACAUCCGGCCUCAGCGCACCAUCCUGGCCUUUGUGUCCGGCAUCUUCUUCAUCCUCUCAGGCCUCAGUCUGGUGGUGGGCCUGGUGCUCUACAUCUCCAGUAUUAAUGACGAGGUGAUGAACCGGCCGAGGGAGCCCGAGCAGUUCUUCAACUACCACUACGGCUGGUCCUUCGCCUUCGCUGCCUCUUCCUUCUUACUCAAAGAGGGGGCCGGGGUGAUGUCAGUCUAUCUGUUCAUGAAGCGCUACGCCGAGGAAGAGAUGUACCGUCCCCACCCGGCGCUCUACCGCCCCCGCCUGUCCGAGAGCAGCGACUACAGCGGCCAGUUCCUCCACCCGGAGUCCUCCUGGCCCCCGCCAAAGAGAGGCCGCAGCACCUCCGAGGCCUCCAGUGACAUCUCCAUCCAGCUCAACCAGGCCCCUCCAGCUCCACCCAAGAGCAAGCUCCAAGUGGGCGGCCAGGGCAGCCCGCCUUCCGGGUCAUCGUCCGCAGGGAGCUACCAGAUGCCCCCGCAGUCUGCCGGAUACCCCACCACACACACCCUGACCAGGUCCUCACAUCCCCAAGGGCAGGCUCUUCCCAUGGCCAUGCCCCCAUCACCAGUACCUCCACCACACUAUCACACGCACAUGCACAUGAGCGCCUCCCCCUGUUAGGAAGAGGGAGCACCCGGGAGGGAAGGAGAGACACUGUGACUCCUCAUAAUCAUGAAUACAGGACAUUUAGACGAUGGAUGAGAGUGAAUGCUAAGGGUAGAGCACAGAUCGUUGUGAGGGAGAGGUGAUCAAACAUUGAAAAAAUAAAAUGUAGCGUUUGGAACAAUAUGGACCAAGGACAAAGAAGGUUUUGGAGACAGGGUUGUGAUUUUUUUUGCAGAAACUGAAAAAUAUAGAAAGGAGAAGAAUGGAAGAUUUAAAAAAAAGAAGGAAUUCAGUUUUUCAGGGUGAAAAGAGGGAAAAAAGUGUUUCCUAGAAAGACUUUAGAGGUUAGGUUGAGUGACAGAGCAGAUAUAGGGGAGGGAGAGUGAGGCAGGAGGAGCGAGGGGCUGCGGUAUUAUACGAAGAUACUGCAGUGCUGCAGGAAAUUUGUAUGCACUUGGAAAUGUACAAUGCAAAACACUGAUCACAGAGACUGAGGAUGCACAUAGUUUUAUACAUGCAUAAUUCAUGCCUACACGUGGACUAUGUCCCUUUUUACCAAGAGGUAAAUGUAGUAAAACAUAUUCUAGUCUUCUCUGAAUUUCUUACAUCAUCAAGCCAGUUUCAUGACUCACAAUGUCAAAGGAGUGUUAUUAAUAUUAUUAAUUAGAGAUUAUUAGUUAACGAUAGUUGUUCUGAAAUGAGAAACACUAUGUGAAUGUUGUAAAACAAAAAGAGAGAGAGAGAGAGAGAGAGAGAGAGAGAAAAUCAGACAGAAUUGGAGGAUGCUCUGAGAUAUCAUGAGGAGAAAUCAACUUUACGUUUUACAUAUUUGUUUAAGAUACAAAUUUUUAACUUCUUGUACAUACGAUUGCACACGAGGACUUCUCUAUAGCUGAUGUAAAUUAUGAAUGAAGCUUUGGCACAAGUCACAUCAAGAAAAAUGUCUGACACAUUCUGCUUUGGAUGAAGAUUCUGCAACAGGCGCACCACAACUGACAACACACCCCUCUGGAUGCAGCGCCCGCCGACGUGAAGGAGGAACCAGCCGAGGCUGACGCGGCGGUCUGAUGCCCUCUACUGGCCGCCGCUCAGCACUGACCCCCUCUCUGACCAGCCGCCUGGGCUCAGUUCACUCCUUCUUCAUGCACUCUUCCUUCUCUCCUCGCUGUGUGUCAGUUGAUGGUGCAGCACAGACGAGGUGGAGCUGCUGUCAGUCCAGAGGUGGAGUCGGGAUGAAUGUCAGGAGACAUUUAGGACUUUUAAUGCAUCGAGUUAAUGCUUAAACGCUUUAAAGACUGGUUAUAAGUAUUUUUAAAGCCUCAGUGCUGUUUAUAUAUCUGAAAAAAAAAAUCACAUGAUGAAAGUAUUGAUUACAUUUUCACGUACUGCUCAAGGGACAAGACAGCUGUUUGUGAGAUGCAGGUCCUUCUGGUUUCAACGAUACACAGACAAAGUAGAGGCCGCAGCUUUAAUCCCAGCAUCUGAAGAAAUAUCUUUCUGGUGUUCAGGGCUACAACUGUUUCUUUGUUUAUCGUUGAAACAUCACAAAAUACUGAUAAGUGUCCAUUCUGAUGUCCUGCAGCUGAAUGUGAUGUGUUCAAACUGCUUGUUUUAGUCUACCGACAAUUCAGAACUCAAAGAUAUAAAGGAAAAAAAAGCUGAGAAGCUGUCCAGAUAGCAGAUAGGCAACGCCUCAAUUUAAGUCACGCUUAAGUCGUUCUUGUGAUUCUGUUCCACCUCAGCACUUGUUUUGGACUAUUUUCUAUGCACUAAGUUAGUGUUAAUAAAGAAAUAAGGAACUAUAAUAUGUUUUUGUCCCUGUUACUCUCUAACAGGGGUAUUUUUAGGUCACAAAAUGGCAUUUUUUGUGUGUCUGACGCCUCAACAUUUCCUUAGAAAUACAUGUGGCAAAUGUUCCUUUUCAGUGAUAUUGUUGGCUAAUUUGAAUUUGGACCAUGUAGGACAAUAUGAUGUCAUGUUUUCCAGCUAAUAAGGGCAGCCAAAGGUCGUCUGCAGGCUUACAGAGCUUCUGACAGCUGAAAAAAAAGUGUGUAAACUUUCAAAAGAUCCAAAAACCAUGUCUGUCCUUCAAACGGUGCGACAACGGAACUGAAUUUAAACUGACUUUACUUCAGGCUAGACUUACUGUAGAUAGUCAUUAAAAGAUAACUGUACAUACAUUUCCAGGAAUGCUGACAGGUUAAGAAGCUGGAACCUGCACGCGUUCAGCAAUUUGCUUGGAAAAUGACGAAAACGAUGAAUCCAAACUCAAAAUAAUGUUUUGUUGAGGGACCUAAUCAUUGCAGCUCUACACUGUAUGGGUUAACAUUGUUGAAACACAUUUUGGAUACUGGAAAGUGUGUCAAGGACAAAGAGUUAGUCCUGAUUUGCAUGCACAGACGGGUCAGAGUAGCACUUCCUCCAGAAUUGUAGCACAUUUGGGCUGUUUUAGCCUCCAUGCACUUUUCACCCAAUAAGGUUGUAUUGUGUUGUUUUUGUAGUAACACAUAUUUUCAGAUGCUCCAGAAACACCGGUACAUAGUAAUAAUCUUGACUUUGACUUCUUCUCCAAACGCGCAGGACCUGCACAUCAGAAACAGCCGUAUUCAGUCUAGAAUAGUCGAUUCUGUUUGUUUGUUUGAAGGCUCGUCAUGCAGAGAUAAGGGUCAGUACGAUACGUCUCUGUAACGAGAAUCAAACCACUGUGUCAUUGUGUAAUAAUGGCUGGUUUUUCAUUAUCACUGUGAUGCUGGAGAGAGGGAAACUCACUGACGUCCUGCAGGAGAUGUGUGGGAUGGUAAAAAAAAGAAAAAAAUAACAUAUAGAUUAUAUAGAGAGAGGGUGAUAUCAUCGUACACUUUCGCCUUCUAGCGGGGUUUUGUUGUCGACACACGCCCUGCUUUGUGUUUUAUGCAGUUGUUCAUAUUGAGGUGAAGCCCAGUGUAAGUGCCUUGCUCAAGGGCACCUCAGCAGUAGCUGUCGAAGAAGAUCAAUGUUUUUUUCCCCCCUUUCAUUUCCCAACCAACAAUUAUUUUCCAUUCCUCCUCAUCCGUGGGACCGUUCGAUGAUCACUCGUUGCCUCUUAAACUGCGGCAGAAUAUUUUUCUCCCUCUCUCAUCUCUGUACCUCUUUGCUUUUCCCUCUCUAUCCCCAGCCUCUUCUUUUCUUUGCCUCCACACGAUGACAUAAAAACAAGGGUGUAGCUGCGCUCGCUUCUGCAUAAAGCCUGGACUUCUUGCACAUGGCCAUCUUUGUAAAAGACAAAAAUGGGUGAAAAAAAAACAAACGCUUUUAAACGCUUCAACGGAACUGAUGCUGUAUAAUCUUGAGUUAUAUAAUUCAAUAGCAGUCGUGAUAAGAUCACUGUUCUUGAGAGUGUCUGACGUGUGUCACUCACUUUUCCUCUGAAAAACAUGAAUAAAACUUUCAACAUGGUUUAAUUUCAA